GCGGGCACUGACCGUCCCUCACGAGGGGACGGGGCGGGGGUUCCAGAUGGGGGAGGAGGGGACGGAGGGCACCGUACAUCUGCUGUGCCUCGCCGCUUCCAGCGGGGUCCCCUUGUUCUGCAGAAGCAACCGCGGCGGCGCCUCAGCCCGCCAGCAGCUCCCGUUCUCUGUCAUCGGCUCCCUCAAUGGAGUCCAUAUGUUUGGACAGAAUCUCGGGGUGCAGCUGAACUCUGCGAGGACCCAGGACACUACCGUGGUGUGGAAAAGCUUCCAUGACAGCAUCACCCUCAUUGUUCUGUCAUCUGUGGAGGGCUCCUCAGAGCUGAGGCUGGAGAGACUGCUCCAGAUGGUAUUUGGGGCCAUGGUUCUCUUCGUGGGGCUUGAAGAACUGACCAACAUCCGUAACGUAGAGAGACUGAAGAAGGAGUUGAGGGCCAGUUACCGCCUCAUCGACAGUUUCCUGGGGGACUCUGAGCUCAUCGGGGACCUGACCCAGUGCGUAGACUGUGUGGUUCCUCCAGAGGGGUCCCUCCUGCAGGAAGCCCUCUCUGGAUUCGCCGAGGCCGCGGGCACGGCCUUCGUCAGCCUGACCGUGUCGGGCCGCGUGGUGGCAGCCACAGAAAGCUGGUGGCGGCUGGGGAUGCCGGAGGCCGUGCUAGUCCCUUGGCUGGCGGGGUCCCUGCCGCCGCAGGCCGCUCGCGACUACCCGGUGUACCUGCCGCACGGGAGCCCCACGGUGCCGCACCGGCUCCUGACCCUGACGCUGCUGCCGGGCUUGGAGCUGUGUCUGCUCUGCGGGCCGCGCCCUCCCCUCAGCCAGCUGGACCCGCAGCUCCUGGAGCGCUGGUGGCAGCCACUGCUGGAUCCCCUGCGGGCCUGCCUGCCUCUGGGACCCCGCGGACUGCCCGCUGGCUUCCCCCUGCACAGCGACAUCCUUGGACUGCUGCUCCUCCACCUGGAGCUGAAACGUUGCCUCUUCACUGUGCAGCCCUCCGGGGAUAAAGAGCCUUCCCCUGAGCAGCGUCGGCGCCUCCUCCGCUCCUUCUACACCCUGGUCACUGCCACCCACUUCCCACCAGAGCAAGGGCCACCAGAGGAGAAGGUGGAGGAUGCAGCCUACCGGGCCCAGGUGCCACGAGCCUGCUACCUGGUGUCAGGAACUGAGAAGCCGGGCACAGGAUGGCGGCUGGUGGCCCUGCAGUUAGGACCACGGCGACUGCUGCUGCUGCUCUCUGCUCAGAGUCCCACCCAUGGGCUUCGGGGCCUGGCCACCCACACUCUGCAUGCGCUCACCCCACUCCUUUGACCACUAGACAGGAGCCACGGCCAGAC